CGGUUGUCUGUUCUUUCUGUUCGGCGAAAAACUUCUCAAAAUUUGCUUUGAAAAUCGUGUGUUAGAAAGCCAAAACUUUUAAAUUUUCUGCUCACAAUGGACGACAACGAUGAGCUGGAAUUUGUCGAAGAGGAUUAUUAUGCCUUCUUGAAUCUACCUCGCGAUGCCACGCCAGAAGAUAUUACCGCUGCGUAUCGGACGUUCAGCCGGAUGUACCACCCGGACAAACAUACCGAGGUCAAAAACAAGGAAAAGGCUGAAAUGAUGUUUAACCGGACGAAGCGGGCAUACGAGGUUCUCUCGGAUCCGCACCAGCGAGCAAUCUACGAUUCGCUCGGUAAUAAAGGCCUCCAGACGGAAGGUUGGGAACUGAUUCACCGCACUCGGACACCGGGUGAAAUCCGCGAAGAAUACGAACGGCUUGCCCGGGAGAGGGAAGAAAGGAGGAUGCAGCAAAAGACUAAUCCCCGAGGAAACAUCACGGUGCAAAUCAAUGCAACUGAGCUGUUCAAUCGCUACGAUUUAGAUUAUGAUGAGGAAAGUUUUUUCCCAGGGGUUGAAGUAUCAGGUAUGAGCAUGUCUCAAUCGAUAGAAGCUCCCCUAUCUCGGACAGACACGGCCACACUAUCAGGAAAUUUGCACCUUCAAAAUGGGGUUGGAAGUGGCAAUUUUUUGCUUUCCUGCCGAAGGCUUCUAAAUAAAGGUUGGCUCGAAGUAGACUGUGGAGCUGGAAGCGGACCGGUUUUGGGUCUGAAAGGAUCCAGAAAUCUAACCAAUCGUUUGUUCUUGAACGGAGGAACGACAGUAAAUUUCAGACAAAACGCGAUUAUUCCAGGAAUUGCUGGAACUCUGGCAAUUCAACUUGACAAACACACCGUUGGUUAUCUCACGUAUAAUGCGGGAUUGCAGAGUUCGAUGACCACAACGGUCGAACAUAACACCGAACACUAUCACUGCAACUUCAGUGCCACACUCGGCAUUCCUCACUGCUACAUAGCGGCCAGCUAUACUCGAAAGUUAAUCGAACAAGAACUAAAACUUAAAAUUGCCCUCAAAGGAGGAACGUUUGGCUUUCUCGCCGAAUAUGGUGCGGAGAAAAAGGUUUCCAAGUAUAGUUCGGUGGUGGCCAGCGUUAGUUUGGGCGUUCCCUCCGGUGUAACGCUUAAGAUCAAGAUCAUCCGAUCAACACAGUCCUACCUCUUUCCGAUUCAUCUGAGCGAGGAAAUCAUCCCGGCGGCAGUAUUCUACGCAACCGUUACACCACUGCUCACAUACUUCGUCAUCAAGAAGACGAUCAUUGACCCGAUGAACGAGGCGGCCAAGCAGCGCAACAUCGAGAAGGUCAAGGAAACCAACAAAAGUCGAAUGCAGGAGAAACGUCGGGAGGCGGAAUCCGCAAUCGCGCUGAUGGGUGCUCUGUACGAGCGAAAGCGAAACGAGGAACAUCGGCGCAACGGACUGGUCAUUACCGGCGCUUGGUACGGGAAAUUCGAUCAAUCCACUCGCCAGGUGCUGGUGGAGCAAAGUGACGAGAUGGGUUUCAUUCAGCAGAACCCGCAUGUAAUCGACGUUAAAAUUCCGCUGCAGUGUUUGGUCAGCGAUUCCCGGCUAAGGCUGUAUGGAUCUACAAAGAGUGAAUUGCCCGGUUUUUACGAUCCCUGCUUUGGAGAGGAUAAGCUGCUGCGAAUCGAUUACGAGUUCAAAAAUAGAACCUACAGUGUAUCGGUGGGCGAUAAUGAGGAUAUCGUUAUUCCGGCGAAUAAUGGUAACGGUAGUCCGAACCAAAACUAGCAAACCAAAGGAAAUUAGCUUGGCUUCCAAUCGUUGGAAUCGUUUUUACGAACUAGUAGCAUUCAGAUAAUAUCCGUUUUUAACAACGGAUGCUGACAAUGAAUACGAGUUUUCUUUCUAACUGACCUAUGGUGCAUUUUCCGAUAGUCUGCGCUGCUCAUUGCGGAUCGAUGUCGAGAACUGUGGUUGAGCUACGAUUCACAUUAGCAAAAAUUAUUAGUUUUGUUGUACAAAUCAAACUGCCGACGAAAUAGAGAUGUUAUAACUUA